AUGGCGAAACCAGGCCCACUCGAGCGCGCCAACCGCGUUGCUGUGGGUGCUCUCACCCUGCCCUUCAGUCUCAUCCACCGUGCCUCGACUGAACCACUGCUCACCGGGACUUUGUUGUUUGCGCUCACCAGGGCGCCUCUUAAAUACCGAGCACGUCUCUUGAAACUAUUGGGUGACGCUGGUCUGUCCGCAGAGCGCAUCGUCCUCCUCAUCAAGUCAUUGAAGUACCUCCUUGCCAUCGGCCUCGUCCGAAGGCUCAAUCAGGCACUCACCAGACUUGCCCUCAAUAACUGGCAUGUCUUCACAAAGCCAGGUGCACCUUUCCAGUGGGACCAGAGGACGGAGCUCGUGGUGGUGACCGGAGGAUGUUCCGGCUUUGGGUACGAGAUGGUAAAGGGCUUCUCGAAACAUGCGAGAGUCGUUAUCCUCGAUAUCUCUCCAGUUCCCGAGGAGUUGAAGCAACUUCCCGGCGUUGACUAUUAUCAAGUCGACUUGACCGACUUUUCUGCAAUAGAGUCGACAGCGGAGACUAUCCGCAGAGAGCAUGGAGACCCUACUGUUCUUAUUAACAAUGCUGGCAUUGCGAACGGCACCAAAGUCAUCAACAGUGAUGCGAAGUUGACCGACAGGAUUUUCAAAGUCAAUAUCGCCAGCCACUUCAUUCUGAUCAAGGAGUUCCUACCCGGAAUGCUGAGGGCGAAGAAAGGCCACGUCGUGACCAUUGCUUCGAUGGCCAGCUUCUACGCAACCCCGGGCCUCGUCGACUAUUGCUGUACAAAGGUUGCAGCACUCUUUCUCAGUGAAGGCCUGCGAUCGGAGCUUCGAGGAUACUACGAGAAUGGCAAAUGCAUCCAGACCACCAGCGUUCAUCCGUCCUGGCAUGCGACCGGUAUCGUGAAACCCCUCGAGGCCAAGUUGGAGCAGCUCGGGAUCAAAUGUGAUCCAGCGUCGAACGUCAGCGAUGCGGUCGUGGAACAGGUUUUGGCGGGAAGGAGUGGCCAGAUCUUCAUGCCCAGAACGGAGGAAAGCAGGACUCGGGUGAGAGAUUGGCCUCUGUGGCUGCAGGAUGCCGUGAUCUAUUUCCAGAGAGUGAGGGACUUCGACGUCUCAUGGAAAUGA